CGCAGAUGUAGGAAGAAGGCUUUUCUCGCCAACUGAACCCCAAUAGGCUAUUUUGGACUUUUUGCACAUAAUUAUUAAAGAUAGAUUUUCGUGCCAUGCAUAAACCAAGCUGCUGAGAGUCUACCCCAGCCACAAGGGGGAGCUGCUCUAGUAGUUCAGGAUACCCCACCCAGCCCCACAAGGGUUGAUGGACCCCCUACCUAUACCUAUACCUGAUGAUUACCUAUACCUGAUGAUUUUCAAUCCACAGCUCAUUUUCUUUAAUAUGUGACAAGCCUUGCAAAUUGUGAUAAUAUGUAUCAAAUUAGUGGUCCGCAUAACCCAAUAUUUGAAAAUUAUGGAGGUGCAGGCCCAAGUACUUCGAAUCAUCAACAAGAAAUCCAAGAAAGAACAGCGAAGGAAAAACAUGACAAGAAAAGUGUUUUCUCGACUCGAGAUGUUAGAAGGUGCUAAAUCAAUAGGUGCCGGAGCUGCUACAAUUGCUUUAGCCGGAGCUGCUGUCAGUAUUGGAAACGUCCUCAGUUCUUUGAUUCAUUCCGUGGCGCGAAAUCCAUCAUUGGCUAAACAAUCAUUUGGUUAUGCCAUUUUGGGCUUUGCUCUCACUGAAGCUAUUGCAUUGUUUGCCCCAAUGAUGGCCUUUCUGAUCUCAUUCGUUUUCCGAUCGCAUAAAAAGUCAUGAGAUCAAAAAAGAAAUGUGAGAAUGUAGUUACAGAUGUAAAAAAAGUC